GGACCCCCCGGAAGCAGCGGCGCGAGCGCACGACGUUCACGCGGGCGCAGCUGGACGUGCUGGAGGCGCUGUUCGACAAAACGCGCUACCCCGACAUCUUCAUGAGGGAGGAGGUGGCGCUGAAAAUCAACUUACCUGAGAGCAGGGUGCAGGUGUGGUUCAAGAACCGCCGCGCCAAAUGCCGCCAGCAGCAAUCCCAAGGCUCCGCCCCCUCCAAGCCACGCCCACCCCCCAAAAAGAAACCCUCCCCCUCACAUGACCACGUGACGCUCAAAAAGUGCCGCGGGGACGCCAAGAUGGCGGCCAAGAUGGCGGCGCUGAGGGCGGCGAGCGGCCCGCGGUUACCUGAGGGGGGAAGGAGCCCCCAGAACCGCGGGACCCCCCCAAAACCGCCCGGAAUUUGA